ACAAAACAUAAACAAAUAGAAAAACAUAAACUCCUUCGUUCUCCUCCGGCAAAAUUAAGGGCAUGUUCGGCACCAUCGACGAUGUGGGCGAUAAGUUGGUGCAGCAUUUGGAGGGGGCCCUUGACCAACGCGACGAAGUGGAGAUCAAGGAUGUGAUGACCACCUAUGCGGUGGACAUCAUUGGGUCGGUCAUUUUUGGUUUGGAGAUAGACAGCUUCAGUAAUCCAAAAAACGAGUUCCGCGAGAUCAGCAGCUCUACGUCCAGGGAUGAAUCUCUGCUGCUGAAGAUUCACAAUAUGUCCAUGUUCAUUUGCCCACCGAUUGCUAAGCUGAUGAACCGCUUGGGCUAUGAGAGCCGUAUCCUGACAUCCUUGCGAGACAUGAUGAAGCGCACAAUCGAGUUCCGGGAGGAGCACAACGUGGUACGAAAGGACAUGCUGCAGCUGCUGAUCCGACUCCGAAAUACGGGCAAGAUUGGAGAGGAGGAUGACGACCAGGUGUGGGACAUGGAAACUGCACAGAAGCAGCUGAAGUCGAUGUCGAUCGAGAAGAUUGCCGCCCAGGCAUUCCUGUUUUACGUGGCGGGCUCGGAAUCCACAGCUGCGGCGUCUGCCUUCACUCUCUACGAGCUGUCCAUGUACCCGGAACUGCUGAAGGAGGCGCGAGAAGAAGUGGAUGCAGUGCUGAUGAAGCACAAUCUGAAGCCCAAGGAUAGGUUCACCUACGAGGCGGUGUAGGACCUGAAGUUUCUGGACACCUGCAUCAUGGAAACCAUACGCAAAUACCCCGGGCUACCAUUUCUCAAUCGAGAGUGCACCGAAGAUUAUCCAGUACCUGGAACUAAUCACAUCAUAGCCAAGGGAACACCCAUUCUUAUCUCGCUCCUUGGCAUCCAGCGUGAUCCCGUCUGUUUUCCCAAUCCCAAUGGCUACGAUCCCCAUCGCUUCGAUUCAGAUACCAUGAACUACGAUCAGGCAGCUUAUAUGCCCUUUGGAGAGGGUCCUAGGCACUGCAUAGCUCUUCGCAUGGGAAAAGUCAACUCCAAGGUGGCGGUGGCUAAGAUUUUGGCCAAUUUCGAUCUGAUUCAAUCUCCACGCAAGGAGGUGGAGUUCCGUUUCGAUGCCGCCCCUGUUUUAGUGACCAAGGAACCGUUGAAGCUGCGCAUGACCAAGAGAAAUUAAAUCAAAAAUAUCUGGCAUGGGUUUUAUUGAACAUCUGAAUUCGAAAGAAACAACAAACAAAGCGAGAACAAGA